AUGGAAGAAGACAUAGUUUUAAUAAGUGUUCCCACGGUUGAUAUGUUUAGUGGUCCAAUAUUUAUUUCUGUUUUUGCUAAAAAAGAUCAAAGAAGAAAUUAUAAAGGUUAUGAUUUUUUUCUUCGUCCCAGUGAAUUUUCCGAAGAUCCUAAUAAAGAAAUGCAUAUCCAUGUUUUAGGAGAAAAAGGAAGUAUGAAAGUUCGUUUAAAUCCUGUGGAAAGAGAUGAAAGCCAACCAACCGACAUUCCUCCUCCUUUGGAAAAAAAACUGGUUCGAUUUGUUGCUGACAACAUAAUUGACAUAAAACAAAGAAUAAGAGAAGAAUUGCAAAAAAGGAACAUUAAAGUUCCACCGUUCUAA